UUUUUCCUAUGGUUAAUUAACCUACGACGUAUGUUAGAGGGACCCUAGCACGCACAUAAAAUCGAAUAGAGGCCUAGGGUGACGUUUGCAGCGUCAUUCGACAUCCGGCCGUCAGUUACGUUACACUAGAGGCUCAUUCAUGUACAAAUAUGGGCCAGAGUUCUAGUCGCAGUCAGUUAACACCGAAUCAAAUUCGCAAGCCAUCAAUGACAUCACCAAUAGACGCCGAAGAUAAACGUCUGGAAGAGCUAAGGGAUAUAGAAAGGCCAAAAUUGUAUCUAAAUCAGAUUGAAUUGAUUAGCAGUAGCUGGAAGAUGGCAGAAUCAGAUAUUGAGAAAGUUGGUGUGGUAAUGUUCAUACAGCUUUUCGAAACUCAUCCCGAUGUUAGAGACACAUUUACGCCAUUUAGAGGACUACCAGCUUCAGAAUUACAGUAUAGCUCUAUACUGAAAGCUCACGCUCUACGAGUUAUGGGAACAGUUGAAAAAGUUCUGGCAAGAAUCGACCAAAGACCUAAGCUAAUAGCAAUGCUUCACGACCUAGGCAGGAAACAUGCCACCUACAAAGCGAAAAGAGAAUACUUUGAUCUAAUUGGGCCACAAUUCCUCUUCGCCAUCCGACCGUCGAUCGAGAGCAUUUGGAGUGAUGAAUUAGAAGAAGCGUGGCUGACUUUGUUCCGUUUCGUCACACAUGUCAUGCGCGAAGUAAUUUACGAUUAAACAGUCAUGCCUCGCCAGGUGGCGAUAGUUGUAUUUUCAUAACGUGCGUUCUAACUCUGACACUAAGCCCUUAGUCCUUCUCUUUCUCUCUUCGCCUGAAAAAUCUUCCUUGUUAGAUACCGUUUUAGAAGGAUAAACUAGCCACAAGGAAUUUUUGUAAGCUCUACUAUGAGUUACUGUUUUAUAAAUACGUCAGUUUAAAUAAAAUCAUAACAGAGUGUGCUACUACCGAAACCUACUGUAUACAAUAGGGCACCAACACCGUUUUUGGAGACUACUCCGCUUUUCCUAAUACAAGAUUCAGUUUCUUUUCGAUCGUAAUAUUUUCCUUUUGAAUUACUGUUAAAAAGAAAUGAGGAAUGGGUAACUACAUCAAUACUCCUAACUCCUCCGAUGAAAAAGUACCAUCUUUUAAUAAAAAGCCUACGUUUACCGAGGAUGAUAAGCGUUUGGUAGAAUCUACCUGGACUCAUCUACAAAAAGACGUCUCCAAGGUUGGCGUGGUAACAUUUAUCGGGUAAGAGAUACAUUUUAGGUUUCUUUCAACAGAAAGUUUUUUACAAUCUCCUCUCUAUUCCAUAUAUAUUAUUACACAUCUGAAGCUUUUACAUUUUCACCUUAAUUCGUUCUAAUUAAGGAAAACGGCGAACAAGGAUCCUAGAUAUUGCAAAUUUUGUAUGCAAUUAAAAGAAUUAGGAGCUCUGCCAAAGAUCCUCCUAAGGGUAGUUUAUUAUCCUAAAGUAAUGGAAAUACUAAUAAUCACAGUAGCGAGUAUGACAACAAUGCCAAUGGCAUUAACUUUUUUUCAAGAUUAUGCUGGAGAGAUGUAAAGAGAACGAGUGAUAGUGAAAAGAAGAAAACGAAGAGAGAGAGAGGGGGAGAGAGAGAUAUAAGGGCAAUGAACGGAAGAAAAAAAAACUAACAGAAACCUUUAUAAUUAAUUUUGUACGGCAGAAGGCAUAAACAGCUGUAAGGCCAGUUAGUUUGCUUUUUCCCUCUCUUUUUUCCCAAAUAUCACAAGGAUUUUGAAAAAGUUACUUGGUUUAGCAAAGAGAUAGGGCAUUAUGAUUUUAUUUAUAUACAUUUACCAGUGAGUUUAAUAGAUCAUUGCGUGUCUAGAGAUAGAAUAAAAGUGAAUUAAUACGACACAUUUGUUCUUUCGUUAUUAAGAAUAAAUCAGUUAUUAGAAAAUUCAAGCAAUCUACUAAAAAAAAAAACCUAUUCGAUGAUUUUCUCUUCUGUAUACAUGGAUUUCCUUACAUUUCCCUUCUUUUUCCUCCAAUCUAUCUUAUUCACUUACUUAUUCACUCAGCUAUUCUUUUCUUCUUCUUUUUUUCCUUCAUCAUAUCUUUGUUCCAUUAUGCAUUUAUUUUCAGAAUUAUUAAUCAAGAAAUUUACAAGAUGAAAUAUCUAACAAACUGCUGAGUCUUGUAAAAAAAAAACCUAUAUAGAUUAGACAUAUGACAUGUACUGUGUCUAUCUUAAUUUGAAGGCUAUAAGUUACCUUAUUUUUUUCCUUCACUUCCGUUUUCAACCACUUCUGUAGUGAUUAGGAUUUUUUUUUUUGGUUAAAAUGUAACCCUUUAGGGACUUUCGUUCAUCGAUAGAGGAUUGAUUCAUCUAGUUUAGUUGAUUAACGACGUUUUAGUUUAGGCGGAGAACACAGAUGGUACAAGACUCCAGAGAUCAUUCUCUCUAUGACUGAAAAUGAAUGCGUCUUUUCACUGUCAAGAUUUGAUAUACAUUUUUAAUUGAUGUAUUAUAUAUUUUAGAGGCAGAAUUUAUUUAUACGAAAGUGUAAAUAUUGUACAUAAGCAUAUUUGCUUAUAUGUAUAAUGUACUUAAUAUAUUAUACAUUACAUAUACAUUGAAUUAUUUCGUAUAUAUACGUAUGACUUGGAUAUUCUAUCUUUACUAUUAAGGCAGGG